GUCGUCGCGUUUUAACUUCCGGUUUUGCAUCGCCAAAACAGCAGUUAGCCGUUAGCUUUUCCUGAUAGCCUCCUCUUAGUGUGUAAAGAAAGGAAGAAGACGCGUGAGAAGAAGUAUGGCCUCGCCCCCCCCCCUCUCCUCCCUGCGCCUCCUGCUCCCUCCGCUCCGCCUCCUGACGGCGGCAAUGUGGCAGGUCGCUCGACUACAGAGCGUGAGGCAUUAUGGGAUGCUGCAGGACUUUGUUGCCCUGGUAACCGAGGCGGUCCCGCAGCUGCUAACUGACAGACAGAGGAGUCUGCUGCUGCUGGCCCUGAGGGCCAAGGUGAGUCUCUGUGACCCUCAGGAUCGACACCUGGAGAGAGUCCACUCUGUUUCUAUGGCAACGGUGAAUGACACGUGUUCUGCUCUGGUGAAUCUGAGUCCACAGGACAGGCUACGACUCCUCCAGGAGGUCUUCCACCACGGCUUUGACUCCGCCCUCCAGUCCCUCAUCUCUGACUUCCUGUCCAGGAUCGACCAGCUGUUUCCUGUUCCAGACUUCAAACAGGCGGCGUCCUGGCUCGACGCUGCCCCCGGGGGUCUGGAGGAGUGUCUGCAGGAGGCGGACCGUGAGGAGCUGAAGGAACUGCUGACCAAUCAGAGCUGUCUGCUGGGUUGCGCAACCACCUCAGUGGGUCACGACGCAGAGGAGGUCCUCCACUCAGCUUGGUCGCACUCCCUCGUCAGCCAACCGACCAAUCCUGACCCGCCUCUCAGCGACACAGAGGUCCAAUCAGAUAAUGCGCCUCUGGUGGAGCCGGGGAGAGAGGAGGUGGUGGUGAUUGCGGCCGAGGAAGAACAUAAGGAAGUGGAGGAGGCUGUCGUCGGGUGGGCUCCAAUGGAACAGGAGGCGUCCAAUCAAAGCCCAGAAGUGGGCGGCAACGAUUGUCCCAUAACACCUUGUUUGGAAGACAGGUUAAAUGACUCACAUGGAGACUUUGUGGACCAAUCAGAGGACACUGCUAACCAAUCAGAGCAAGGCUGCUCUGAGGUCACCGCUAAUGCGCUGUUCAGUAUUUCCCACAAUUCACAGAGGGUCGCCCACAAAUGUCCUCAUUGUGGGAAAUGUUUCAUCUACCGUUCCCAGGUGAUCCGUCACCUGCGGACCAAUAAGUCCUGCCGGUCGGCCCUUUCUUCCAUGUCUGCCACCCGAGCCUCGAACCGGCAGAGUUUACCUGAUGAAGAGCCCCGCCUCCCAGUGCCCCGCCCCCCACAGCCCCGCCUCCCAAGGACCCACUGCUGCUUUCAAUGCAAUGCCACCUUCAGGACCAAAGCCGAGCUGCUGUCCCACCAGCGCAUUCACCGGGCUCGACCCGUCUACCAGUGCUCCCAGUGCGACAGGGAGUUCCACCACCUGUCCAGCCUGACAAAUCACAAGCAGACGCACCUGGACCGGGGUGGCAUCGCCUGCAGCCGCUGCGACAAGCUGUUUGAGUCAGCCAAAGAGAGAGACGCCCACCAGCUGCAGCACCAGCUGCCGGACCUCACCUGCACGGUGUGCAACCAGACCUUCAGCUCCCAGACCCGGCUGCUGCGACACCUGCAGACUCACUCUGUGGAGGGAGCCGAGCCCUGCUACAACUGCCGCUUCUGUGAGCAGAGCUUCUCAGGUGUGACCCAGCUCCGCAUCCACCAGCGAACGCACACCUUCCGCUCCUACCAGUGUGACCAGUGCAGCAAGACCUAUGGCUCCCUGGCCGGCCUCCACUCCCACCGGGCCGGCCACACCGCCGAGAGCCGCUUCCUGUGCCCGCAGUGUGGCAAACGCUUCAAGACGCGCGAUGGGCUGGAGGGUCAUCUGAGAACGCACAGUGGUGAGCGGCCCUACCGCUGCCCCUACUGCCCCAAGGACUUCACCGCGCUGGCCGGCCUCAAUGUGCAUGUGCGCCGUCACACUGGGGAGCGGCCGUACGUGUGCACGGUGUGUGGCAAGGGGUGGCCGUCCGGGGGCGACCUGCAGAAGCACAUGAGGAUACACACCGGAGAGCGGCCCUACGUCUGCCUGGAGUGUGGCAAGGGCUUCUCCAUUUCCUGUCACCUGACCGAGCACCGUCGGAUCCACACCGGAGAGAAGCCCUUCUCCUGCCCGGACUGUGGGAAGUGCCUGAGGAGGAAGUUCGACCUGAAGAAGCACAUGUUGUCCCACAGCAACGUCCGUCCUCACGGCUGCGUCUUUUGUCCCAAAAGCUACACCCGUAAGACUCAUCUGAACCGCCACCUGCUGACCCACCGGGCGCCAGGCGGCCAGGUGGCGGAGGAGGUGGCGGAGGACGCUUGAGUUCUCUGCGGUUGUCAGUGUCACCAGUGUCCCUCGUGUUGGUUCCUGUGUAUCUUUGCUCUCACUCUAUAAAAGCUCUCUCGUG